AUGUUCAUAACCCUUCAAUUAGACUCAACUCAUAGAAUCAUUUUAGCUUUGAAAUUCUCAUAUCUUCUAUUUUUCUUUUCUUCGAUUCCUAUUGCCCAAGCCUACGCUAGUAGAGCUCAUUUCUUCAUUUAUGCUGGCUGCUCUCAAGAAAAAUACCAACCAAACACACCCUUUGAAGCCAACCUCAAUUCCUUUUUGUCUUCAGUUUCUGGCUCAUCUUCUGACAAUUCUUACAAUAGCUAUGCUAUUGGAAAUGGAAGUUCAUCACCACCAGAGGGAUCCAUAUAUGGCUUAUACCAGUGCAGGAGUGAUUUGAGGCCAAAUGAUUGCUCAAAAUGUGUUAAAAGUUGUGUUGACCAAAUAGGCUUGGUCUGUCCCUUGGCACUUGGGGCAUCUUUGCAACUUGAAGGCUGUUAUAUAAGAUAUGAGCAUGUUGAUUUCCUUGGCAAGCCUGACACAAGCCUUUGGUACAAGAAGUGCAGUAAAGCAGUGACAAAUGAUGCUGAGUUCUUCAGGCGUAGAGAUGAUGUUCUUUCUGAUUUGCAAGCAGCUAAUGGAUUUGGAGUCAGUACUUCUGGUUUUGUUGAAGGGUUUGCACUGUGUUUGGGAGAUUUGAAUGUGGCUGAUUGCUCCUCAUGCCUUCAAGCAGCAGUGGGAAAGCUUAGGAGCAUAUGUGGAUCAGCAGCAUCUGCUGAUGUGUUCUUGGCACAAUGUUAUGCUCGGUACUGGGAAGCUGGCUACUAUGAUGAAGCAGAUUCUUGGAAGGAGGAUGACGAAGUGGGGAAAUCAGUUGCCAUUAUUGUGGGAGUGCUUGCUGCUCUAGCCAUUCUUGUUGUCCUUCUCUCAAUCUGCAGAAGAGCAUUUGGAGUACACAGCUAA